AUGUUAUUUAAACAUUCUUCAUGCAUUCCUGCUCAACUAAAAAACCACAAACAACAAACCAAACUCUUCAUGCCUGAUCUAAAUCCAAACAAUCAAAAGAGGCUUCUUCACACUCAGCACGUGCUGAAUCAUCCUCACAGCACAGGUUCAUUACAAACGUUACAUGACGAGCAUUCAGAGGUUCAUAAACCCUACUUUUCUUUUUCCGUUCAUCAUCCCCAAAAGCGCCCUGAACACUUGCAACAAGGGCAUCAAGCAAACAGUUCCAACUUGAAUUAUGAGCCUCCAACCUUGAUCAUCACACCCCCUUCUUCUGAGGCCGCAACACAAGAAGCCACAAACAAUAGCACGGCUUCAGUAGCCAACAACACCAAACCGAAUUGGAUUGUCAGUUCCCUCAAGAACUUGCAAUCUCGGCUUCUUUCUCAUCCUUUGCGCAAAUCCACGAGUAUGUUCAAGUUUCCUUCCAAUGAGAUAUUUUCAGAAGAAGAGGAAGAUAAACAGAACCAACAAGGAAAAAAGAAACAACUCGCAACCACCCCUAAUACAACCAACUCGAAAACAAAACAAGAUUCAGGUAACAACCCGACUAAACUCUCUUCAAAAUUCGUCUCUCAUCAUCGCAACCUCACUCCAACAACAAAAAACACCCAUUUAAAAAUGAGCUCGCCAUCACAGCCAACUUCUGAAUUUGCCAAUCAGACAAACUCGGAGGAAGACUCCGCUACCAUUCAACAACAAGGAGUUUUGGAACCAAGCAAUAUGAUUCAGAUCAACAAUGUUCUUGGUACAGGUAGUGAUGGUAAUGUUGCAAAAGCCAACAUAAACGGAAGUGAGGAUGACAUGACGCAAUUAGAUGAUCAAAUGAUGCAAAAAUUAAUGAUGAAAGAUGAAACCAUGCCACAACAAUUUGUAGAUAGUUUUUUUAUUGACAAGGAUAAGAAAUUGUCCUCCAAGUUUUCCGUAGAUGAUGAAAGUGAAGAGCUAUUGAAAGAUAAAAUGAAUAAGAUUUCUGAAGUCGAUGAUAUGUAUGGCCUUGACAUUUAUUAUCACAAUAGUGAGUUGUGUAAAAUUGAAGGACCAGAAGAUCGAUUCACUCUCAUUGACAUUGCAUUGGAAAGCGCAAUGACCAUCCAAAAAUUAUUUCAAAAUGAGGCAAAACGUUACGAAAACAAUGUUUCCAACGGAAAAAUUUAUCUAUUCCUCAAAUUACUCUUAGAAGUGUCAAAAGAUUUGGAGACCAAUUUAAAAAAUUUGAAAAGUAGAAUAGUUCAGAUAGAACUUAAACUGGCUGAAAAAUUUCCAAAUCAAUUCAAGUUUGAAAACCAAACAUGUAUAUCACAUAACUACAAGAUGGCCUCAUUUGAUUUGAGUUUUCUUGACACAUCUUUCCACUUUAGAGGAUGUUUGUUAAUUUUUAUUCAUACUUUGAAUGAGUGCAAAACCUCAAUCAACAAAGUGAUACAGAGCAGAAAUUCCUUCUUUUUGUUCACUACGAGCGACGCAAAAUAUGAGAAAAAACUUGACGUUUUUCAACAGAAGUUUUUAGUGCUCAAAACAAUGUUUAACGUUUCCAACAUGUUACUUCAGGAAAGAUUGGACAAUAUUGACUCCAAUAAUCCAUCAUAUUUUCCAUUUUCACAAUCUCUUAAAAUUAGUGACAUGGAUAUUUUAAAGGAUGUGAAUCCUAUUGCAUUUUGGCAACAUUUAGGUAGCUUUUACGACUCUGAGAUUGCUUGGUUCCUUUCUCUCAUUGUCAAGACAACGGCAUCUUUUGGACAUACUCAAGAAGUGCCAAGUAAGCUCAAAAAAGAUUUGAUUUUUUAUGCUGCAAGCGCCUACUACCUGAUCAAUCCAAAAGGUGCUGCAGAAAAUUGUGCUACUUUAUUUACCAAUAAUCCAAUUGCAAGCAGCGAAUUUUGGAACAUCCAAGAUGAAAACAACAUCAUCAAGACAUUUACAUAUCUGGGCUAUCCAUUUGUUGAGACUUCACGCAAGUUUAAAAUACCAUUUCCAGGCAGAAAAAUUGUCGAUUCUGUUGGACUGAACAUUGAUGGUGAAGAAUUUGAGUUUGUAUCAGUUUCAAGAGAGGCUCCAGAGGAUUCAUCAAUUAUAUUGUUUAAUAACAACGAGCAAAGCGAAAAAACCAACUCUGUGGUAUAUUAUUCCGAAGAUGAUGACGAUGAUGGAGAGGAUGAAUCUGUUGACCAAAACGCAACACCUGUGGAAUAUCGAGCAGGAAGUAGCAUGAUCUACCCACAACUUGACAAUCUUGAGGAGGUGAAAGAAGGAUCCUCGUCUCUUGAGGUAAACUUGGCUGAGAUUGAAAAAACGAUGAAAAAUCAUGAAUAUCAUGAUAUUGCACUACGAAUUAUUUCAACUAAACCUCUUACCGAAGUGCCUGACUAUAUUGCUCACAAUCCACAAGAUUUCCCUUAUUUGUCACAGAUCCUAAAGGCCAUUAAUUCAAUCAAACUCAAACAAGUUCAACACGAUACAACAUUUGACGGCAAAAUAAUUUUACACAUCCACGGUGGAGGCUUCAUUGCAAUGCAAUCAUUUAGUCAUGAGGUGUAUUUAAGAAAAUGGUGCUCUGCAACCAAUAUGCCUAUUAUUUCAGUGGACUAUAGAAGAUCACCUCAAUAUAAAUUUCCAACGCAAGUCGAGGAAUGUUACUCAGCAUACAAGUGGUUGUUAAGUAAUUGUGAAAAACUAUUAGGAGCUCCACUGAAGAAGCUUGUGAUUGCCGGUGAUUCUGCCGGUGGUAACUUAGCCCUCGCUACUAUUUACAGAGCCAUAAGAGAUGAUAUUCAAUUGCCAGAUGCAGUAGUUUUAAGUUAUCCUGCAACGUACCUUGAUUUUAAUCCAUCACCCAGUCGUCAAAUUUCUGUUAUUGAUCCCCUUGUAAAUAUUAACUUUUUGAGGUUGUGUGGAGAGUUGUACUGUGUAGAGAGUGACAAUGCUAGCUGCAAUCCAUUCGUUUCUCCGGCUACCAUUGAAGAUGGUUAUUUGAAACGUUUUCCACCAACUUACUUUAACUUGGGAACUUUGGACCCACUUUUCGAUGAUGCUGUAUACAUGGCCAAGAAAAUUGCCAGAAAUAAUGGUGGACGAGUGAAAAUUAGGCUCUAUGACUCUCUUGGUCAUGGCUACUUGAAUAUGGUCGAUGUGUCCGGACUUGCCAGAUUAGCCUCUGCUCACAUCUGUGAGUGGAUCACCGCUCAAGUUGAAAAAUGA